AUGGCUGCGCUACAGAUCACCAAACUCCCCAACAUCACCACCACCACUCCUCACCACCAUAACGCUCUCACCACCGUUUCGCUCCUCCGUCUCCCGCGCUUCCCGCAACAUGAUAACUCCGUCACUCGCCGUGACGGCCUGUUCUCCCGCUCCUCCGUUAAGUACGACGCCAGCCGUCGGUUCGGGUUGGUUGCGGUUCGGGCGUUCGACUACUCGGCGGCGGCGUCUACUGCUACUACGACGACCGAGACGGAAGAAGUUGUCGUCGUGGAGGAGGAGGAAAAGCCGGCGGAAGGGAACGGUACGGUGACGAGGUUUAGGAAGGCGGCGGCGGCGGAGGAGUAUCCCGAUGACGUGGCGGCUUUUGAGGUGAGGAAGGACGGUGGGGUGUGGGACGACAUUCUGCUGAAGCUGAGGCUGAUGGUCGCGCCUCCGUGGCAGCGGGUGCAAAACGGCAGCGUUCUGGUCAUGCACUUGGGCGGCGAGAUAUCGGAUUUGAAGGGGAAGUUCUUCUCGCCGGAGUUCACACUGCCGCAAAUCAGUGAGAACUUCGCCAAGGCUGCGAAUGAUCCGCGCGUCGCCGGGAUUUAUCUCAAGAUCAGCUCCUUGAACUGUGGGUGGGCGAAGCUGGAUGAAAUCCGUCGACAUAUAGUGGAUUUCCGGAAGACAGGGAAAUUCGUGGUAACGUACAUGUAUAGGUUCCACGAGAAGGAGUAUUUCCUCGGGUGCGCCUCCGACGAGCUCUACGCACAUUCGCUUUCACCCUUCGGUUUGUACGGCUUCGCUCUCUCCGCAACCUUCAUCAAAGGUGUAAUGGAGAAGAUGGGGAUGGAGCCGCAAUGGGUGAAGGUUGGGAAGUACAAGAAGGCAGGGGACCAAAUCUCUCGCACCACUAUUGACAAGCCACAUCUCGAGGUCUUGAAUCACAUGCUCGGCGAGAGAUACGACUACUGGAUGGACGUCGUUUCUUCUUCCACAGGGAAGAGGAGAGACGAGUUGGAGAAGUUGCUCAACGAAGGGGCCUACGAUAUGAACAGGCUGAAGGAGGCAGGACUGAUCACCGACGUGCUCCAUGAAGACGAGGUCUUGUCACGAAUGAAAGCGAAAGUUGGACUCCGAAAGGACCAAGUUCUGCCUAUGGUUGAUUACAGGAAAUACUCGGGAGUUAUGAACUGGACUCUGGGGUUGAACUCCGGCGAAGACGAAAUCGCCGUGAUCCGAGCAUGUGGAUGCAUCGACAUGAGCUGGAGCAUCCUCAAUUUCCCCGGCACCGGCAUCAAUCCACACGACGUCAUUAAACAAAUCCGCGCUGUCAGAGAGUCGAAAAAGUACAAAGCCCUAGUCAUCAGAAUCGACAGCGCCGGCGGGGAUUGCCUCGCAUCCGACAUGAUUUGGAGAGAACUUAAACUGGUAGCGGCCGAGAAGCCCGUGGUAGCGUCGCUCUCGGAUAUUGCAGCUAGCGGCGGUUACUAUAUCGCCAUGGCGGCCGACGCCAUCGUCACCGAAAACUUGUCCCUGGCUGUUUCUGUUGGCAUCCAUCAAGGGAAGCUUAAUUUUUCGGAACUGCACAAAAGAAUUGGGCUGAACAAGCACAUCGUAUCGAAGGGCAGAUACGCUGAGUAUCCUACAUCUGGCCAUCGUGCUUUGAGGCCGGAGGAAAUGCAACUGUUGGACAACAUCAAUAAGCAUUGGUACACAAUAUUUAUAGACAGGGCAGCAACUUCUCGUUCCAUGAGUAUUGAAGAGAUGGAGAAGCUGGCACAGGGCAGGAUCUAUCACGGUUCACAUGCCUUUGCCCUCGGUUUGGUCGAUGCGGUUGGUGGGAUGGCUCGUGCCAUCGCCAUAGCCAAACACAAGGCGAAUAUCCAGCAAGAUAAACCGGUGAGGAUUGUGGAGCUAACCAAACCCAAUUCCGGGUUGACCGAGUGGAUCACUGGGUUGGGGACGGUCGUGGCUGGUUUGGGCGGCGCCUUGGGUUCGGUUUCCGUGGGCCCGAAAUUCGGGGACCAUGGAGUUGAAGCUCGGGUGGAUGCGUCGAUGUUGGAUGGCCUGGAUGGAGGAGAAGUUUCGGAGUACUCCAACCCUAUCUUCACUAUCAUGAAGUCUUUCCUCAAGCUCGGUCUUGGAAGCAUAUGA